AUGUUUCAGUACAGACCUCUCGAGCACCUAGAUUCUUUCCGACUCCUUCAUCUGGAGCCUAGUCUCAACCACAGCGCAGAUCUCAAGGGCUCGUUACAUCACGCUACACUCUCGGAUUGUGACUAUGACCUGAUCGAACCUUACACUGCUUUGUCCUACGUCUGGGGUGAUGCAAGCCAGAGGGGCGUGAUACACCUAGGUGGUAGCGCCAAGGAGAUCACUGCCAGCCUGGACGCUGCUCUCCGGGACAUGCGCGACAAGAGCCGAGUUUGUCGGAUAUGGGCAGAUGCUUUGUGCAUCGAUCAGUCAAAUAAUGCUGAAAAGGGUGUGCAAGUCACGCUCAUGGCGGAUGAGAUCGACGGUGUGAGGCGCGACCUACUAUCAAAGUCAUGGUUCCGUAGAGUCUGGGUUUUUCAGGAGCUCGUGCUUUCCACAGAUGUCUGGGUCCAAUGCGAUAACCUGCGAAUCCGGUGGCACCACUUUUGCAAGGUUGUCGACACCAAGACUGUCGUCGCGGCCAUGUUACUUGACACGCUCUCUGAUAGCAUCGCUCAGCAGGGCCAGCCUCGAAACGCAACUCCCUUGGAGGACAUGAACAGUAGACGAUACGGUGCGUUUGAAGCACCACUAUCUUCGCUUCUUUCCUGUCGGAGAGGAAUCGGGGCAACUGAUCCUCGAGAUAUCGUAUUUGGUCACUUGGGUGUUGUUUCGGAUCGAGAUAGGUGUGAUAGGUUUAUCAAGGUCGAUUACGAUAGAGAUCUUGCGCGGGUGUCGGUUGAUACUGCUCGGUAUUUCUUGGAUGCCACAGGUAUCGAGAGUCUCCUCUCGCAUGCUAUGAACCCUUCUCCCAUUACCGCCCCCGGAAUCCCGUCUUGGAAGUUCGGUGGUGGUGAUGAUAGCUCCUACGUCUCCUUUGGAGGUACUCAUCACAUAUUGCUAUCCGCGCCACCAGUCCUAGCCACCAGCGGAUUUGAGGUGACCAGGGUCAAGGCGUCAAGUCAUGCAUUUUCAAGCUGUGAUGUUGAAGCUAGGGCUCAAGAGGAGUCCAAGGCUGUGACCCUCGAGCUGCUCCAAGACAUAAGAUCCCUAACCAAAGAUGAAGCAGCAAUCUUGGACUUGUGCAAAAGAGCAGGGACCAAAUAUGACGAACAGGGGCAAAAGCUGUUCAGAAAGUCCUUCAAGACCUGGGUUGAUGCGGCCAAUGCUCAAGAGUAUCCUACGGCUGGACCACGCGAUGUCCAACGUAUCACCGAUGCUCUCAUCCAUCACGUCAAGAAGCCCGAAACAAGUCCGUUAUCUGGCAAGAGACUUGCCAUCACCUCAAGCCACCACUGUGCACUCGUCCCAGAGGAGUCCCAAGAAGGCGACAUAGUGGCUAUACUUGUUGACUGCUACAAGCACGCGGUGCUGCGGCCGAAAGAAGUGAAUAAUUUUGAUCACCUCGAUAACUUAAUUACGAGCGCCUUUGAGCAAGCGAACAUUUCGGAUUGUCCACAAGGACCAAUGAGGGCACGGUUUAAAGCCGUGAAUGAUGAUGACUAUGAUGAAUGGAUGUUGGUUUGGGAGAGAGCUGCUCAAUCUUUUCCGAUUCAGCAUUGUUUACUUGUAGUGGAAUUCACACUGUUAACGAUUGAGCAUUCUAUUGAGGUAGUUUUCGAGACUCAAUUACCCUGGGAUAACAAUAAGAAAUCUAGCUGA